AUGCACUCCAAACUUCUCGCUAUAGUGGGCCUGUGUGUCGCUGCUUCUAUUCUGCAUGCGACUGACGCCGCUAAUAGAAUGCCCCCACGUCGUCAACUCGGGUCUUACAAGGACUACGGCCACAGCCAGCACAAGCGCGACCACGACCACAAGAAACACCACCACCACCACGACAAGAAGGACCACUCGCGCUACUACCGUCGCCGCCUCGAAGAUAAGGACACCAAGGCUACCGAUUAUAAGGACACCAAGGCUACCGAGUCUUCGGACUACAGCUACGGCAAAGGCGAUUAUGGUCACGGGCACGACCACCACGGCUAUGGCCAUGAUAACUAUGGUCACGAUGACUGUGGCCGCGAUAACUACGGCCACAUUGAUUAUAAGCACCUCGACUACAAGCACAAAGGCUACGAAUACGUUAGCGGCGACGACUAUAAGGGCUAUGGUAGCGGCUACAGCUACAGCUUUAAGAGCUAUGGAGGCGACUGCGAUGAUUACUACGAACACGGCAACGACUACUACGGUUACGGCAACGACUACUACCCUGAUUACUACUCGUCAUAUGGUGGUGGCAACGGCAACGGCUACUACCCCGACUACUACUCGUCGUACAAUGGUGGGUACGGCAAUGGAAAUGGAUACUACCCGGACUACUACUCUUCUUACGGCUACCCCAGUUACGGCGGCUACGGCUACUCCAACUACGGGUACCCAAGCUACUUUGGUUAUGAGUCGACCACAGCGAGUGUCGGUGCUACUGGUGACGAGAAAGAGUCUGCGACUGCGAAUGGUCAGAAAGAGUCUGCGACUGUGUCUACGGACGCUGCCGACGUCAAGUCGGUCAAGAAGGAGAGCAAGACGGAGUCGAAGGCGUCGAAGGAGGCCAAGUCGGAUGCCACCGACAAGUCGAACGACAAGUAA